AUGUCUAGUGAAACAGAAUCUCGUUCGGACAACAAAACGGGGAAGAAGAAGGUCAUCGGCAACAACAACAACUCGUCGGAAAAUGUUUCAAUUGCUGAGCACAAGAUUUUGAAAGCAAAGUAUGAGGCUUUGAAUAAAGAGCAUGAAACUUUGAUUAAAACGCUCGAGCUUUUGGAGAUAACGCACGGAUUCACCUUAGAGAAUCUCGAAAAGAAGCAGACAGAAGCAUCGGUAGGGAAGAAAGAGGUUGAAAAGUGGAAAAACAAGUAUGUUGAGAUUGAGAAGAGGCUUGAGAAGAUCGAAAAGGGUAUCAAAGACUUGGUGUUGUUCGAUUUCGAUAAGAACGGUGUGGAUUCAGGUACCGCGGAGAAUGGUAAUGCGAAGAGCAACAAUGUAUCAGAUGAGGGUCCGAUAUUGAUUAGCGAUGAUGACGAAGAAGAAGGAAACGAAAGAGAAAGCAAUGGAGGACACAUUAAGUCAUCAAAGAAAAAGAAGCCAGAGUUUUCCUUCCUCCUCUAUUAA